AUGGUCGACGCAGAUUCUUAUUUUAGUCUUCUUGCAGACGAAUCCAAAGAGGCAUCCAAACUUUUAACAAAUAUCGUGACGACUGUUAUGACGUCAACAAUUUCUUCAAACCUGCCAAUUUGUCGUAGUUUGUUGUUUAAAUUUGAUAGAAUGUCAUCUCAAGAUCAUUCAUCUGCGUGUGCAAAACUAAAAGCAUUUAUGUCUAAUUGA